AUGUCCGACCUUAAGGCUAGUGUCGUUGAGACGACAAAUGGCUUUCACGUUGAGGGUUAUGAGAAAAUUGAAUAUGACUUCACGUUCCUGGAUGGCGUUUUUGAGCUUCAAAACUUUCAGUUGGCCAGUCUCUAUGAACGAUGGGGUCGUUGCUUGGCCAUCAUGGACAAGAACAUAUUUGAUCUAUACGAGAAGGCCAAAUCAUUGAAGACUUUCACCCAGAUUGUUGACUCGAUGACCGAAUUUGGAAUCAUUCGGAAGGACCCCGUUUUGGUCGUGGGUGGAGGCUUGGUUACCGACGUCGCCGGGUUUUCCUGUGCGGCCUAUCGGCGCAACACCAACUACAUUCGUAUCCCAACGACUGUAAUCGGGCUCAUCGACGCCAGCGUCAGUAUCAAAGUCGCUGUCAACUACGGCAACUACAAGAAUCGACUCGGUGCCUACCACGCACCUAUGCAUACCCAUUUCUUCGAACCUUGCCCGAAGCUCAAGUUCGGAAUGGACGAGUUCUGUGAGCGAUUGAUUUCGACAAAGUUCGGUCGCUCCCAUGGCCAGAAUAAUAAAAUCAAGCAAGCUGCAGAUGAGGUCAACCGCAGUGGGAUCUUUGAGAUGCUCAAAUUGGAGACGCCUAACCUGCAUGAGAUUGGUCUUGACCGAGUCAUUGCGUACGGACACACCUGGUCUCCUCUUCACGAGCUCACGCCAGCAACCCCUCUUCGGCAUGGGCACGCCAUCUCUAUUGACAUGGCCUACUCUGCCACCUUGGCCAAUACCCGUGGCCUGCUGAAUCAUGAGUUGUUCAAUGAAGAAAUUCUCACAAAGGCCACAGCAGCCAUCUUGAAAACUCGAGACGGAUUACUUCGCGCUGCAGUGCCGAGUCCUCUCGGAAGUUGCAAGUUUUUGAAUGAUAUAACUGAUGAAGAAAUGGCUGCUGCUUUGCAUCGCCAUAAGAUGUUGAUGAAAGAGUAUCCGCGGAAUGGUGCUGGUAUUGAGACUUAUGUUGAUGCGAGUGACACUGGGUACACUGUCAAUGCUGAACACUCGAUUAACGGUCAGAAGUCAUCGGACGGUGCUUCGGGUUCAAAGGAAAGGGUGUUCAGAAAUGGUGCGAUGAAUGGACUCGAGGGGCUUGCAUCUAAAAGUCACUCCACUGGUCUCCCUGCACUUCAGGGACAGGGAUGA